CUAGCGGUGCACUUGACACAGAACAGUACAGUACACUUCAUCUUAACAAUGGCUAUAGCGCGGGUAGCGACUGAAUAUGUGUUUUCUGAUUUCUUAUUGAAAGAGCAGAGUGAUUCUAAGUAUAAAGGCGUGCGGCUCGAACUGGCCACAGACAAACUGGUCAGUUUUAUCGCGGUCGGGCUUCCUUUGUUACUCAUCUCACUCGCCUUUGCCCAAGAAGUCUCCGUGGGUACUCAGAUCACAUGUUUCCCUCCAACUAACUUCACGAUGAGACAGGCUGCGUAUGUGGACUCUUUCUGCUGGGCUGCAGUAGAGCAUCAUCCAUCAGAGAAGGAGACUUACAGCGCCCCCCUCCAUCUGCAUAAGUUCUUCCCUUAUAUCCUCCUUCUGCUCGCCAUCCUCAUGUAUAUUCCUGCUCUCUUCUGGCGCUUCACGGCUGCCCCUUCUCUUUCAUCUGACCUCAGUUUUAUCAUGGAGGAACUUGACCGUUGCUACAACCGUGCCAUCCGGCUUGCCAAGAGCAUCACAACCAAACAAGACAAAGACAUUGCUGAAGACCCACAUAGCGGUCUUGAAUUGACUGAAGCUUGUUUUAAGUACCCUCUGGUAGAGCAGUACUUAAAGACAAAACGGUCAUCGUGGGCUCUGGCUGCAAAAUAUCUGCUUUGUCGGGUUUUAACUUUCCUCACUUUACUGCUGGCCUGCUUUUAUCUGACCUACUACAUCUUCUGGGUGUCACCCUACGAUCAGUUCUCCUGCCAUCUGCGCAGAGGUAUAUUAGUGAACAAGAGUGAAGUGCCAGAUGUUGUUCAGUGUAAGCGUGCGGUGGGGUUUUUCCGUCUUCUAAGCUGCAUGAAUCUGGUGGUGUUACUGUUAGUGCCGGCUGUGGUUUAUGCCGGCCUUCAGCCUGCCCGUCAGCAUCAGCGUGGUCAGUUCCUACGACCAUACCACUUGCUGCCUGCUUUCGGCCACGUGCUGGAUCUGCAGCCUGCGACUCGUCGCUAUGAUGACCUCAGCAUCUACCUGCUGUUCCUGGAGGAAAACCUGAGCGAGCUGAAGAGCUACAAAUGCUUGCAGGUAUUGGAGCUGCUGUCAGAAGGAGGGGAAGCAGCGUUUGACACCAUGUGUUUGCUCAGGACUCUUGGACAAGUGAAGACUGACAUGGUGGAUAAAAGACAAGCUCAAACUGUCAAUGGAAAUCCAGAAAUCGUAAUCUCAGAGAUAAAGGAUGUCUCGGUUCUGCUGGAUGAUGGAGUACAGGCUGACAAAAGCUGCAGCUGUGUGAAGGAUGUAAGGCAAAGGGUGGUCUAACAUUUAACACAGCUCAGUCAAAACUAACUGACAAAAAUGAUCUGUUUACAUUUGAACAUGUAGGAAAUAAUAAAAACUAAUGCUUGAAUUUUACACUGAGGUCAUUUACUAAUCUACUAACUGCAGAACUGAGCUGCAUGUUGUUCUAUGCCUUACAUUAAUAACAACUGGAUGAAUGUUUUAAAACUCCAUGUAGUUAAUACUAUUUAUGAGGUUCAUGAAAUGUUAAUCCCCUAUUGUAUGCAUCAUGAAAGCAAUGUUUACAACAUAUAUUAUAUUAAGAUGUCACUAGCAACUAAUUUCUGCCAAUGUUGCUUUUUGGAAACCAAAACCCUUAACAAUGCCUUUAGAGGACUUUCACUGUGUUUAUUCAAAUGGGUGUAUGAUUCUCAUUUUGUACAAUCUCAUAUUAACCUUAAGGACACAUAGAGUAGUACUGCAUUCAUCUUUCACUUAAAAGUCUUUAGUUUUUAAUAGUUACAAGAGAAAAAAUAUAUGGCUCUAUUUUAACGAUCUAGGUGCAAAGUCUAAAGUGCAGGGUGGAAAAGCAUUAAGGCUGUGUCUGAAUCCACUUUUGCUAUUUUAAGGACAGAAAAAUGUAGUUUGCGCCGUGACACAUGAUUUAACAGGGUUGUGUUUAUUCUCUUAAUGAGUUAUGGGUGUGUUUUGAGAUGAAAUCAAUCAGAGUCUCAUCACCCAUUCCUUUUAAGAGUCAGUUGCCAUGUCACGCCGUGUCGCAUUUGCUAUUUACAUGGCGGACUUUGUAAGUGGAAAAACUGAACGCUUCACAAGCGAGAAAACAGUUAAACAGACCAUCUGCAGCGCGAGGAUAAAGACGAGCCUCCUUCAAUCGGCCUUUACUUUCAUUUUCUCUUUCUUCCUUUCAUGGUUAAGGAAACAGUGUUGUACACUCCACUGAAGACAUCCGUUAGCCUACAUAUUUAAUUUAGUUUGUUAAGCACAAAUAUUUGUUUCAAAACUAUUUCUAAAUUCAGUUCUAAUUUCCAACAAACAAAUAAAUGAGCAAUAAUUACAAAGUGUGCUCAAAAAACUGAGUUAUAUCCAAACGCACGUCCUAUGCCCCAUUUGGUCCAAAACCUGACAGGUGGACAAAUCUAAGCUUGUUUUUAAUAAAAUAUAACAUUAUACAAAAACAAAUUGCUGUGAAUAAACUGAAAAAAGCCCCCCUAGAUGAAGAAGGCAUGGAGGCAGUGGUUUUUAUGUUUAUGUAGAAAAUAAAUUUUUUUGUAAUAAAUUAAAAGAUAUUUACAUAUCGUUGUACAUCCUGCAUGUUUAAAGCAAUGUGUAAGCGAGGCGCACAACUAACGCGCUCUGCGCUGAACUUUCAGCUGGUCUAUUGCACAGUCUAUUUAGUUCCUCAAAAUAGCAACGUGCUAACAAUGCACCUUAACACACCCUCUUUCUAGAC